ACCAACGGGAGAGGAUGCUGGACAUCUUGGAAGACUCACGGUGCUUCAGAACUUUCUCAGCCUCCCUUUUCUCCGUUUAAGGAUAAAAAGUUGUUCCAUUUCAUGUUUGUUUGGAGAUAAAAAGGCGUUGGAUUUUUUGAAGGAUUGUUUUUUWAAAUCUUGAAUAACUAACGUGAGAGGGGGCUGAGCGCACAUAUUUUAUUAAGCUUGUUUUUUUUUUGUGAAUGGAGAGGGCAAAGCCUUGCGCGUGAGCAUCUAUCCCUUUCAAAGAACUGACCCUUUCCCAUCUGUUGUGGCAGGUGGUAUUGGCUCUGCCCGUGGACAAUGACAUUGGACUUGGAGCCCAUGGAAGAUUUUGUUAUUGACGUAGUAGGAGAGGGACUCAGGGAUAACGGAGAGGAGCAUCUCGUGUCCUUACCUUUGGAAGAGGCGAGAAGCGCAGAACAUGAACCUGACACUUUUUUGUCUUCGAGCGGGCAGGACGAGGAUAGGGACGACUACUCACCCACAUCGAAGUGUCCUCCAGCAGCAAGUAAAAGCCCGGCGUCGGUAAAGCCUCCGUACUCCUACAUCGCUUUGAUAACCAUGGCCAUAUUACAAAGCCCCAAAAAGCGUCUUACCCUCAGCGAGAUAUGUGACUUUAUCAGCCACCGAUUCGCUUAUUAUCGUGAGAAGUUCCCUGCCUGGCAGAAUUCCAUCAGACACAACCUUUCGCUCAAUGACUGCUUUGUCAAAAUGCCCCGGGAGCCUGGUAAUCCAGGGAAGGGAAACUACUGGACGCUGGACCCCAAUUCUUCGGACAUGUUUGAGAAUGGGAGCUUUCUGCGCCGAAGGAAGAGGUUCAAACGCCAGCAUUUUCGUUUCGGGGUGCUCAAGGAGCAACCCCUUGAGCCCAGUGGCUUUCACAACUUUUAUGGCACUUAUGGACUUGGCACAGCGGGUCUUCAGCUACCCAGUUUGGAGAUAUAUCCUUUCGGCUUCCAUCACCAUGCACACUCGUCAUGCGCGCCCACCAUCCCACCUGUUAGCUGCCUGCUACCGGCUUUGUCGAGCCUGUUUGCCCGGAACACUUUCGCUGCCAAGGCUUUUCUUCAAUCACAGCAGCCUGUCACUAUCGGGUCCUUCAAUCCGAGCCGCUGUGCCACCUUUUCUUCCGCUUUGACCUCCAGCGCUCCAUACGCGUCCCCUGCGCUGUUCCACUCCGCGGCGUCUCCACAUCUCGUCAGUUUACAUCAAGAAUAUCAGAAAUUACAAACUCAGCGCAGCACCUCUGACCUGGCUAAAUGAGUAGUGCUUGUGAAUAUUUGAGUUGUGUUUCAGACUUUAAAUUGUUUAUUUGUAUCUCAGGUGAUAGAGAUUUUUGAAGCUCUUGUGGAAAAAGGUAUUUGGCAAGUGAUAAUUGGAUGGACUUUCUUGUUGAUCUAGGCCUAUUUGAAAAGUUCUUAAGUAUGCUGUAGAUUUAUGCCUUGCAAUGAUUACAUUUUUCAUAGCAUCUUGCUUUUUACUUUCUAAAGUAUGAAAUUACAUUUGUCAAUUGAAAUGCAAAUAUUUAACUGACGAGUUUCCUUUUACAUUCGGAAAGAAAUAAAGGGAAUUAUUUAAAACAAUAUAUUUAACUCAGUCAUUUUCUUAUAGGCCUUUGCGUCACUGACCUGUCAAUGUUAGCACAAUUGAAGAUCUGUAAUUGAUGGCUUUAACAACUGAUUAUUGCAUAGCGUAUAUUUUUCAUCAAUGGAAAUAUAGCUGCAUUUAAAAAAUAAAAAUAAAAUAUAGUAGGCCUAAAUGCGCAGUGAACUUGAUUGCAUCUUUCAGCAGGAAAACCAUUUAAUUCAACAUUUUGUUGAUUGUGUAGAUGAUGUGUGGGUUAAAUUAUGUUCAGAAUUUUUUACCAAAUUAGGGUAAAUUUAGUUCGGCUGAUUAGCAUUUCUCAAAUAAUAAAAUAUAAUUUUAUUCAAUUAUAUGAUGUUUAGGCCUACAUGUAAAAAUGUAAGCCUAUAUUAAGUCAAAUAAAAUUCUUAAAAUAAUUGUCAAAUUUUGACGGUUAUAGCUUUAAAAGUGUCUGUCGAAACAGSGACUGAGGAUCAAGCGAUGUGCGGAAUCAAACGAUAUAAAGAUCACAUGAACGAGAUGCAAUAUUGUGUUGACUUYAAUCUAUUCUAAAUCAAGUAUCCUGGAAUGUUAUGACUACAUGUUGAGGAUUUUCUGAUACUACAAUUGAAACAUUUUAUUUUUGUUCGUGUUUUUUAUGCCUACAAUAUAGGCCCUACUGCAAUUAUUUAUAUAUCAUAAAAAUCUCUCAAUGUGGUUGUUCUACAGCAUCUCGCUGUCGUUUGCCAUUCAUCCCCAAAAACUGACGCUUAAACACAUUGUAAAUUAAUGCUCUUUCUAAAUUUGAAGUCUAGAAGUAACGGUCUGUGCAGCUGCGCAGCUUUCAGAUUGUCAGUUGAGUUACACCACAUCCAUCCAUUAGUUCAACAUCGUAUUAUAAUUGCCUGAUUUUGCGUCAUUCUCCACACAGCCUGCUCGUUCUCAAACCAAAAAUAGAAAAAAUCUGUACAACACAUUSAAAGACUUCAUAUUUUCAUGUCAGAUUAUGAGGUAAUUUCUAAACCCGCAUUUGGUUGUCUCUCUCCAAAGCAUUCCUUAUAAGAUUUUUUUAUAGAAAUGUUUWAAUAUGUUUGCAUGGGAGAUGUAGCUUGAGCCUAUAGCUUACUAUUCAAAGAGGUAUACCACAAACGAACCGUUGCCAGUUGAGGAUUUAUUCAAAUGUGUUUAAAUAGACAUCGACAAGACGUGAUUUAACUCGGUUUUGCUAGAACCAGAUUCGUGGAAUAUAGAUCUAUUAGUCAGAAAAUAAAAGCAAUAUUACAUUCUAAGAAAAUUAAAGCCCUAUUAAAGCCCUGAGAAUUAUGGAUGUUAUAAAACAAUAUUUUUAAGUAAUUAAUAACAAAUAGCUUUAUAAUUUGAUAGAUAUCACAAUCAAGUAAAAUUGUGAUACUGUGUGCUAUAUAUUUGUAAACAUAAAAGGAACAAAACAUAAAAGGAAUAUAAAGGUUUCCUUACCCUCUUAAUAUCGUUUGAAAUAUCUGGAGCCACAUUGGAGAUGAUUCUAAUGCUGUUUCAACCCAAAGUAACAGACAUUUCUCAUGGAUUAUAAUGAAGAUUGAGUAUUUGAGACAGAUUAUUCAUGUAAAUGUUGAAUUAUAUAAUUAACCAUAUUUGUUGUUUUCUUUUAAUGUCCUUGUUUAGAUUUAUUGUGUGUUUUUCUUUUUCUUCUAUGCCAGAGCGUGCUGUGUUACACUGAAAAUGACAGGAAGAAAAUAAUGUUAGGUUUCAUGGGAGGAAAGUAUUUAUUUAAUUAUAUUCUAAGUCUAGUUUAGAUUGAUGACUACUCUAAAGCUUUUGGAAAGGGCUGAUGGAUAGAAGUACAAUAUCCAAAUCAGUCUAAUGCCGUUUGGCAACCAUUGAAGGAGUUAAAUAAAUAAAAAAGAUUGUUGCCUGAUG